AUGUCUGACGAAAAAUACCAACUGUUGAUAGAUUGGUUGAAACAAGAUAAUUCUUUUUAUCUUUCACCAAAUAUUCAAAUUAUUGAGGACUCAUAUGGUGGCAUUGGUUUAGCAUGCAAGGGGAAAAAAUAUUUAAAUGAAAAGUUAAUUUCUAUUCCAGAAAAAUAUAUGAUCAAUAUUAAAACAGUAGAGAGACACGUUCAUAUGCAAGAUGAACUGCAAAAAGGAGACGAAAAAGAAAGAACAAAACCAAGCCAAAAUAUUUAUCACAAAAUAUUGCAUGAAGACAAAAAUAUCAUGCCUGAUGAAUACUCUACAAAUCAAUUAAUAAUUCUUUUCAUGUACGUAGAGAUGUUUAUUUUAGCCGAAAAAUCGUUUUUUUAUCCGUUUCUCCAAACAUUACCAACUUUUGAAACUUUCCUAUGUUCUGUACCAUAUUUACCAGAUUUAUUAAGGAUGAAGCAAUACGAAUUUAAGAAUAAAGUAUCUUACGCAUUUCUUAAACAUUCAAAUACGAUUAAAAGAAGGAUUAUGGAUGAUUGGAACACGAUUAAACACAUUUUAUUAAAUUUAAACCAUUCUCUUGAUGAUGAUGCCAACACUUCAGAUAAAUCCAGAAACACAAGAAUAUUUCAAAGAUUUCUUCAUGUUUCCAUGCUAAUAAAUUCUAGGUGUUUGUAUUACGAUAUAACUGAAGAAAAACAAGAUAAUUUCACUUUGGUACCUUUGGUGGAUUUUAUUAACCAUAGUGUUGCUGUGAAUGGAGGUCAUUGUUAUCCUAAAGUUAAUAAGUUGACUAGAUCCUUUGAAAUAUACUCUGGCUCUACAACAGACUUUGAAGGUUUAAAUGAAGUGUUUUUCAAUUACGGAGCUCAUUCAAAUGAUUUUUUACUCAGCGAAUAUGGGUUUGUAGUUCCGAAUAACCCAUCUGACUUUAUAGAUAUAACACCCAGAGUUCUAAAGCUACUAAAUCCCAUUCAGAUAGCCUUUUUGUCUGAAAUUGGGUAUUUGGGUGAUUACACAGUUACGUACGAAGAUAUAAGUUUUAGAACUAUUGUUGCAUUAGCACUAGUCUCAAUUACUGCCAAUAACGUUGCUAUAACAACGGAGCAGAAAAGUAAAAUGAUUAAAUUAAUUAAUGGAACAUUGUAUGAAACCUCCUUUAACUACAAGAAACUUCUACAUACAAUUUUACAAGAAGAAUUAGAUGAUUGUCAUGAAAAAUUAGAAUUACUGAGAGCCGAGAAAGAGGGGGGGAACAAAAUCAUAACAACAUUUAAUAGUAAUAUACAAAUCGUAUACGAGGGAUAUUUACAGAUUUUAAAGUCAGUGCUUUAA